AUGGACAAAGAAAACCAAACUGUGGUUGCAGAAUUUGUCUUUCUUCAUUUCACUUGCAUACCAAACCUUGAGACACUGCUGUUUGUGCUGUUCUUGAUCAUCUACAUCCUGUCUCUUAUGGGGAACCUGCUGAUUAUUGUUAUUGUGAUGGUGGACUCACGUCUGCAGACUGCCAUGUAUUUCUUCAUCUGCAAUCUCUCAAUGGUCGAGGUCUGGUACACCACUGUCACAGUUCCUAAGAUGCUGGAAAAUUUGCUGUCAUACAAGAGGACCAUUUCCAUUCCAGGAUGUAUCACCCAAUAUUAUUUCUUUUUUGCCUUUGCUGGCAUAGAACUGUUUAUCCUUACAGCCAUGGCGUAUGACAGGUACCUUGCAAUAUGCAACCCAUUACGGUACUCUACCAUCAUGAACCCUAAGACAUGUAGAAAUAUGGUUGUAGCAUGUUGGUUUGUGGGAUUCAUAUGCCCUACUUUCCCUUCCUUUAUGUUAGCUAAUAUUUCUUUCUGCAGCCCCAAUAUAAUCAACCACUUCUUCUGUGAUGCUGGGCAGAUACUUCGCCUUGCAUGUACUGACACUUAUGCCAUCCAGGUAGUGGGCUAUGGUUUUAGCACUGUCAUUGUAAUGGUUGCUCUUUCAUUCACUCUAGGUUCUUAUGUGCACAUUAUAAUCACCAUACUGAAAAUGUCUUCUGCUAUGGCCCGGAAGAAGACAUUUUCUACCUGUGCAUCCCACCUCUGUGUAGUGACCAUCUAUUUUGGGACACUCAUUUUUAUGUAUGUCCGCCCAGCAGUAAAAUACACAUCCAGUGCCAACAAAAUAGUAGCUGUUUUUUACUCUGUGAUAACUCCACUGUUAAAUCCUAUGAUAUACACACUGAGAAACAAAGAUGUGAAAGAGGCUUUGAAGAAAACCUUCCUCAGAAAUAAAGACCCUUUCCAAACCCAGAUUGGGAGGAUGGAGCACCUGGAAACAGGAAAUAUGUUCUACAUUGUCCUGGUCAUAGCCACGACUGUGGCUCCAGUAAUAUUUAAAGAUGGCACUAAAGCAGUUGAGCUGAUCAAGAUCCUGAAGUGA